UGAAGUGAAUGAGCGCAUCGAGGGGAAUUUCCUCCAGCGCCUGUUAAAGGGGCGGAAGUCCGUCAGACACUCGCUGGAUUUCCUAAACGCUUUUUCUCUUUCAGUUUCUCACAGACAGUUACAAACUCCAGCGACUCCACAGCAGUUCAGAGGUUGUCAAUUGGACCUAAGCAGUACUUGGCUACACCAGAAACAGUGACCCAACCAACCAUGAGCAGCACCUACAGCGUAUCCUUGAUCGGACCUUCUCCCUGGGGUUUCAGACUUCAGGGUGGGAAGGACUUCAGCAUGCCACUCACCAUCUCCAAACUGACAGAUGGAGGGAAAGCGGCUAAAGCGAAGAUCAACGUUGGAGACGUUGUGUCGUCUAUCGAUGGCAUCGCCACAGACACCAUGACACACCUGGAGGCCCAGAACAAAAUCAAAGCUUGUGUGGGAAACCUGAACCUUUCACUGCAGAGAUCCUGUGCUAAAAGGGAGACCACAAAGGAUGAAGCACCGGAGAUCAUAAAGCCUGUGCCCAUCAUCCAAUCAGCUGUGCCUGCCACUUCCUCCCCCGCCAGCAUCGCCCCGGGCAACAGCGCUUACAAUAAGACCGCACGGCCUUUCGGUGGGACCGUUAAUACCAUACGAUCAGUCAGUCCGUCCUCGGCGCUGACAGCACCCAAAGCCGCUAUCCCCUCCGCUUCUUCUGCAUUCACUCCAGCUGCGCCUUCCCAGCAGCCUCCUCAACCCCCUUUCCCACUGGGUGGCAGCGCCAACCGUCCGCUGUCCUCGCCUAGCUCCGCCCCUAGGCCCGCAUCUGGCCACUCUCCCUUCGCCAACUCCUCAACAACCUCCUCUGGCUCCUCAUCCCCGGCGAGAUUGAUAGGCCCCCCGUCUGUCCCCACCCCCCCACAGCCCUCCGUCUAUAACACACCCAUCAACCUCUACUCCAAUCAUAAUGCCUGUGAGGUGGCGAUGGGUCAGAGGCGGGGCCUGCUGGAGAGCAAAGGCACAGGAGAACAACAAAACGGGACUGCUCGGAAACCCGUCAUAGAGAUGGAGAAUCACGUGUCUCCGCUCAGUGAUGCCAGUAAAAAGCGUCUGAUUGAGGACACGGAGGAUUGGCACCCGCGCACGGGCACGUCACAGUCCAGAUCCUUCCGUAUCCUGGCACAGAUCACGGGCACAGAGAACGAUCAAGCCCAGGAGAAGCGGCCCGGAAAGAAGGAGGAAGAUGAGGAUGUUCAGCCCAGUUCUCAUGUAACAUCUUCAGUCAAAACUAUGACCAAAACCCCCGCUGGAGCCCCUCGACAGGGCAACGGCGUCACACCACCUACAACCAAAAACUGGCAGUCGGGGAACACUGCAGGAUUUCCCAAAGCGAGUGCACCUGUGCCGCAGACGGGCCCCUCGUUCGGACGGGUGAGUAACAGCGCUCCAAAGGGUCCAAAUCGUCCCGCGGCUCAAGCUCACCCUAACGACCAAAGUGAUUUGCUGGUACAAAGAGCCGAACAUAUCCCUGCGGGCACACGCACACCAAUGUGUGCUCAAUGCAACAUGGUCAUCAGGGGUCCGUAUCUGGUGGCCAUGGGCAAAUCGUGGCACAAGGAGGAGUUCAGCUGUGCCCACUGUCACAACUCACUGGCAGAUGUGGGGUUUGUGGAGGAGCGGGGAUCCGUGUACUGCGAGCACUGUUACGAACAGUUCUUUGCUCCUGAAUGCUGCCGCUGUCAACAGAAGAUUCUUGGGGAAGUCAUCAACGCCCUGAAGCAAACCUGGCAUGUGUACUGCUUCCUGUGUGCGUCCUGCCAGCAGCCAAUCAGAAACAACACGUUUCACCUGGAGGACGGGCAGCCGUACUGCGACACAGAUUACUACAAUCUCUUCGGUACCAGCUGUCAUAGUUGCGACUUCCCCAUCGAAGCUGGUGAUAAGUUUCUAGAGGCGUUGGGCUUCACGUGGCACGAUACCUGUUUCGUGUGUGCGGUGUGCACCACAAGUCUAGAAGGUCAGACUUUCUUCUCCAAGAAAGACAAGCCGUUAUGCAAGAAACACGCUCACACCGUGCAGUUCUGAACACGCUCGCUGUGAAACGACAGACGACAGUGGAAUGAUUUGUUUAUUGAUGGUCAUAUUUGAGAUUUAUUUUAGUAUUUGAAUGCUUUUGCUAAGAGAAAUAUAAAAUAUAGAAAAAAAAAAAAACUCACUUUCAUAGUAUUGAAAAAGGAUGCAAUGACUGUAAAUGGUGACUGAGGCCCGACAUCUGCUGUGUUGUGUUCCACUCUAGAAAGUCAUGUAUGUUUUGAACAACAUGAGGGUGAGUAAAUGAUGACAGUUUUCAUUUUGGGGUGAAUUGUUCCCCUCCAGUAUUCUUAUCUGGUGAAAUUAGGAAUGUUUUGAUGUUUUUACCGGAAAACAAGAAUACAUUUUUUCGCAUUGGAAAUAUUUGCAUUGAUUCCAGUUUGAUCACAAAGUGUUUAUCAACAAACAUCUGAAGCUCGUUAUUUACAUCAGAGUUAAUAGAACGCUGAUACAUUAAAGCAGUUUGUGCACGAUUAUGGAAACGUCAUCAAAGACUUUCUAUCAGAUAUUGAGCAUUUUUAGUAUUUAAUGCACCUGAUAAAUGAACUUUCCUAAAUGAGAUGUGGAUGUUCUUGUGUGGCAUCAUGUUGGCGAAUUGAAUGUAAUGUUUGAUCGAGAAUACACGUCACUAUAAUAGAACAUAAUUUGAACUUUUUAGUCUUGAUUUGAAGCCUCGUUAUUCUGCUUUUGAUGCAUAUUUAAAACAGACUUUGACCUGAAAUGUUUAGUGCAUUCACACAUUAAAAUCACAAGUAUGUUGGCUAUAAAAUUGCCACAGUUCAGAUCCAUUCAAUUCAGACUCGUGAGCCGCUCUAUUAAUUAACUAUAUUUAUUGAGGGGGUAGACGUGAUGGUUUCUGGGGGUUUCUAAGGGCUUUGCAUAUGUAUUACAGCACUGACAGCAUCCGUGCAUUCAGAACGUUGAUGUAUAAUGUUGCAUGAGUUGUUUUUGCAUCUUGUGAGGUUUAUGAAAUUCAGUGUUUGUCAGGUUUAUAUUCUCUUAUUGUCUCAGUGCCUUAAUUAAAACUUUAUUUUGUGCAAAUAGAACUAAUAUACAGAUAUUUACAUGUAUGCGUAAUUAAGAUUUCUGAUUUGUUCUCUUCGUUGUUUCGCUUGAGUUGUUAUGCUAAUAAGGGGUUGAUGGUUCAUGAUCUUUAUGCUUUAAUUCUAUUCUAGUUUUAAACUGUAAUGCACCUCUGUAUUAUGAGAUGGGAUGAAAUAAUAAAAUAAACUUUUUCUUUUAUCAAAU